AUGUUAGCUUUAUUCAAUAGAGUCAAGCUGAAUACUUUGCUCAUAACAUGCUUAAUAUCAUGUUUGAGUUUUCGUGUUCAAGCUCAAUCUACAACUGGCGUGUGUUCCGCCGUCUCAGAUAACGUGGGAACUAACGUUGGUUUUAACGCCACCAUAUAUACAUACACUUUCGGAUCCGUCUCUGGGAAUAACUAUCAGACGUUCCUUUCCACAAAGAGCCAAUAUAGUUCGGGACUCGUGCUAGCUUCCAAAACUGGCCUCACUAAUGUGAAUUUUAAUGUUGUUCCCAGUAUAUUUUCUCUCAAUUACGGUCAAAUCUAUGGUACUAAUAUUCUAUUAACUUCAUUUGUCGUUGAGGCAAGCGCAUUCUUUAUCCCACCUACUACAGGUGUCUACACCUUUAAGUUAACUGGGUCCGAUGAUUAUGCUGCCAUUUUGUUCAGUAAUACCACCUCUUUCCAAUGUUGUGGUUCAAGUUAUGACGCUACUUUCUCCACCAACGUGGCUGCCUAUGGGAGUUAUUCUGGUGCUGGUGUGGCAAGUGCAUCAUUUACCUUACAGGCUGGUGUUGCAUAUCCAAUUACCAUUACAUACUUGAAUACUGCGGGGACUGCUGUAUUGAAUGCGGCCUUUGUUGAUCCUUCCGGUACGACUCACACAGAUUGGUCUGGUUAUCUUGCUGGCGCCAAUACUUUACAACAAGCUUGUGCAAACCAUGUCACUACAACUACAAAAGGUUUAUGGACCGGGCACACAACUUUGACUUCAACAAGAUCUACUUUAGUUACAGGUGCUAACGGAUAUCCAACGCUUAGUGUUAUCAUUAUCAUCGAUGCUCCAUCUCCAUACUCAUUACCAUCUCCCUAUGUCUCCACUUUUGUCAACGGAGGUUCAACAGUAUCUGAAUUGAUUUCAUUUUAUUCCACAAAAAUUAGUGAUUGGCCUGCAACGGCUACCGUAGUAUCCACUAUUCCCCCAUUCUCAUUACCAUCUCCGUAUCUAACUAUGGUCACUAAGGAUGGGUCAACUAUCUCAGAGAUUAUUGAAUAUUACUCAACAAUGUCAAAUGGGAUGUUGGUCACUGGUACUGACACAGCUGUCAUCCCACCACCUUUCUCAUUCCCAAGUAUUACUUCUGUGGCAACCACAGUCCAACCUAUUUUACCAACUGCUGGAUGUGUUCCACCACCUACUCCUCCAACGACUGAUGGGUUUGAUGUUAGAUUAUUUGCUUAUGCAGAUUUCUUCUUUGGUCUCUUUGAGGAUUUCCAAUACUUUUUAACCGCUGAGUAUGUGGAAUAUCCAUUGUAUGGUACUACCUCAGGUAUUACCACAGUGAGUUACUCUCAUUCAACCUUCUUGGGUAUUCCAACAUGGGUCAGAUUAUAUGGUGUUACCAUUUUGAUUACUGAUUUCGUUGCAGAAUUUAAAGCUUAUUNNUCAUCCCACCAGUGUCUGGUUCUUAUACUUUCCAAGCUACUGAUAGUGAUGAUUACCUUGCCCUUUUUGUUCAGUGACACACAUGUGUAUAAUUGUUGUCCUGGUAAGGCCAAUUAUGCUCCAUACGCUGAUACAUUAGGUUUCUUCCAAUCAUAUUCCCUUUUUGGUGCUGGCACUGAUAGUGUUACUUAUUUGUUACAAAAGGGACAAGCAUAUCCAAUCCAAAUCAAUUAUUUGAAUCGUUUAGGUACUGCUAAUUAUGAUGUUUCGUUUAUUGAUCCUGAUGGAGUAACACAUACUGAUUUCACUGGUUACUUGGCUAAUGAAGCUGCCCUUGCCGCAAGCUGUCCACAACAACUUACAACCGUCACAUACACGGUUCCAUACGGUGGGUCACAAACUAUUACACAAACUGUGCUAACAACAGAAUUGACUGGUCCUAAUGGUAAGGGAACUGCAGAGAUUGUUGUCCUGGUCGAGACCCCAGCCGGAAGUUCCUCAUGGUCAUCGUGGUCAUUUGUUCCACCUACUUAUUCACAAACUUCAAGUUCUUCUUAUAUCGAACCUUCCUCGAGUUUGAUCAUAACUAUACCUUCUUCUACUGCUGCCGUUACAAGUUCCUCUUCACAAAAGAGUUCCGAGUCAAGUGUCCCAACACCAACCUCGUCUUCUACUGAAAAUAUUGUGAUUGUGACAACCACUGUUUACAAUGUACACACUGUUAGUACAACAAGUUACAUAUACACGCCAUGGAAAGGUUCAACUACUACCUUUUACAGUACUACUGUUAAGACAAUGUACGGAACUGCUUAG